AGUUCCCCCUGUUUCUUUUGACUAUGAAAUGAGCUUAUAAACAUCGCUUUCUUGAACCAUUUCUAUGCUGCGUCAAAUAUAUUUUAAUUUCAGACCAUUUAGAAAAAAGAGAAAAAAAACAUAAUUAGCAUUUAAAUCUUUCUCCGAGGUUCUCUCUCUCUCUCCCUCCAUCGCUCUUUCUCCCUUGCUCUCUCUCUAGCGGACUCUGCAUGUCUCGGUCGCUAAGGCAACCAAUGCUUUUUUUUUCCCUUGCUCUCCGUAUCUCCCCCUUUCUCUCAGUCUCAUUCCCUCUCUCCACUCGCCAGAGGUAGGCACUGAUUUGCGUCGGGAGUGCUUGAGUGACAUUUGGUUGGCAUUUGCGCAAGAUAGUAGUAGAUGGGAAGUUGGCUCAAAGUGUCAUUCCCAAGUAUUGGCCGCGUGUGUGACGUAGCUAAUCAUGAUUUAUGGGGUUGGCUGUGAAUGCGUGCGACCGGACCGGACGGUCAGUGUGUACUUUUGGACGUUUUUCGGGUACAGAUUUGAGAGAUCGUCUGCCGCCUAAUUGAGUGUUCAAACUCAAAAUGGCUGGCGGGAGUGUGUAUAUUUAGAAUAGAUUAGAGCGCGGGAUAUUUGUCGAUCUUAUCGCUGCGUGGAUUGAAGAAAAAAAGAUGGACCUUCCCUCUUUGUUUUCCUCUUUUUUGCCCCACUUGUCUCCUUUUUCAGAAAUGAUCAGCGUGGUGGAGUGUCAGUGAACACAGCGAAGCGAUGGAGAGAUGCUCCAUCGCUCCUGUCGCACGACUGACCGCCCUCAUCUCCCUCGUCCUGGUCGCCCUGGUGACGCAGCCCUCCACCUGUCACCGUGACGACGAGGCCGAGGGGCAGGUGGACGCCCUCUCGGCCCAGUUGUCCGUCACUACCCAGGUGACGCCCACUCCUCUUUGGGCAGUGGUCUGGGGGCCCACGCAACCCUCGGAGGAUGAGACCUACCACGUCCUUUCGAGCCAGGAAACUGAGCACCUGCACCAGCACGGGAGCCAGCGGGAGCCCAGCACCACUGUUGCCAUUUCAUCUGAGGACUGGCUGUACCCUGACGCGGUCACACAUCCCGAAGAGAACGCCCCCCCGGAGUUGUGGAACCGAGAGGGCGUGGAGGACGGCGGGGCAAAGGAGGCCGAGUUGGAGGAAGUGGACCCUCAGUUCUACGUCACUGUGACCAUCUCCUCUCUGCUUAUCCUCACUGCAAUCAUCAUCACGGCAAAACUCUGUUACGAUCGCAACUGUUCCCGGCACCCGCCCCCGCUCUCCCGCGGCGUGGCGCCCCCCCUCUCCCGUGCGCUGCCGUGCUCCCUGGCUUCCGAGGAGAGCCGCCAGACGCUGCACAGCACCUCCUCCUCCUUCGCCGACCGCGAGAGGAUCCCGGUCGUGAACCUCUGAGGUGGCUCUUUUCCAUAUGGUGAACACUUCCACGGAGCCUCCAGAAUUUUACUUUCCCGCCUGCAGCAGCGUUUUUCAUUUUCUGUGAAAUACGUUCAGGGGCUGCAGGUAUUCAAGCUGCCACGCAAACUUCUUGGCUUCCCUGAGGUCUUCAACCUAAACUCAUCACGCCCGCCUCUUUCUUUCUUUCCUUCUUUCCCUACUUCCAUCCCUCCCCGUGUGCUCGGCGUAAAUUUCCUCUGAGUGGCUGUCGCCGCCCCGAGCUGCGCCAAACGCGGACCGGCCGUGACAAAUUUACAUACAAACAAUUUAACAGCCGUGGAGCAUUCCGUUUGGGGGCCCAACUCCCGUCCAGCGCUUCUACUCACAAAGCUACACGUCGGAACAGCGCUCACGAUUCUCAUGCUACAAGAUCUGUUUUUCUCUCUUGUAAAACGAGGCUCUCAAAUUCUUUUAACGGUUACAACUCAUAACUGAGUGAUGUGUGACAUAUUACAUGCAUGCAAUUGGCCCUGCAUUUAUUACAUUGGUGCCUUGAGAUACGAGUGAGCCGGAUAUUGGUUUUAAUUUUUUUAUUUUUUGUACUUUGUUGGUCAAGCAAACAUUUUAUAUGCUAACGCUAUGAGGUGGCAGUCAACGCAACUCAACUAGACAAGAUGCAGUCAUUUGGCAGAUAGUGAACACUUGAUCAAAAAAAAGAGGCUUCCAACCAUUUAUGCCACUCCCAGUAGAAGUUUACUGUCAAACAUAAAACAAAGCUAAUUAAACGUGUCUUUAUAACAACCACAUAACGUUGCCGUAUGUCUGCUCACGUAAUGGGAAACCAUCGAUGUGCUAACGCAGUGGUUCUAAAACUUUUUUUGCAAUGCUUCCCCCCCCCCCCACACACACACACAUUAAUUUGUUUGCAAAUAAUCAAAAUCAACAAAAACAUGAACAACAGCCGGUUGUAACUUAAAGGUCCACUGUCACGAAAUACACGAUUUUUGGUAUGUUAUUCAUGAAAAAAAGGCAGCCGGAAUGGACCCAUCCGUUUUUUAACCACAAAAUAUGAUUUUGAUGUAUAUGGCUUUUUGUAUAACUAACUGCCAUGAAAAUCCUCCCGAGGGAUAUGAAAAGUGUCCAGGGUAGUUCAUAGUACCCCCGUCAUAACGAGAAAACCAAACCAAGAUUAUCAAUGUGACAGUGUUUCAACACUUGAAGCAACGGGUGUUUGGGAAAAAAACAGUGCACCAUCAUAUGUAAACAGACCAUAUAACGGUACUCAAAAAAAAGACAAAUCAAUACUAAAGAUUAUUGAGACAUUUGCAGUAGUUAAACGAAACUCUUAAUUUGUUUGCAUGACUAUUCCACUGCUGCCUGGCGGCUAGGUCGUCCCAAGCAGAAGCAGCUGCAAUCAAUUCAUCACGAAGCAAAAAGUCUUUGAUUCAUUACAUUCAAGUGUUAUGUUUUUAUAAAGUACAAUAUUUAAGGAUCCAGAUAUUUUGUUAUUUUUCGGGGGGAGGUUCAAACAGAUUGACAUUUCCAUUAAUUUCAAUAGAGAAAUAUGAUUUUGAGUUAGGGCUGCACCAUUAUGCCUAAAAUAAUAAUUACGAUUAUUUUGAUCAAUAUAGUAAUCUUCAUGUUUAGGAAAAAUCCUUAUUUUUACUGCACUACUUUUCAACAAACGAUAUGAAACAGUUUUUGUUGGAAAAUGAAUUUUUAAAUAGAUAAUACAAAAAAUAAAUGUACCUCCAAAAAUUCUACUUUAGCAAGGGGUAACUGAAUUAUUAUAUGAUUAUUAAGUGUAUUCCUAAAUUGCAACUUAAUGCACAGGGCGCAAUAAGGCUGCAUUUGCAAAUCCCCGUCGUCAAUAUAGUGAAAUGUCAAGGACGCAACGUCAGUCGUGCACGGUCAAAAACUGCAAACAACUCGACUGUUAUGAUUUCCCUCCCUACUCUGGUGUUUUUUUUUUUGUUUUUUUUUUUACUGCAGUCAGUCGCGUAGCACGGUGGCGGCCCUUAAUGAAGCCUUAACCUUAAUUAAACCUUCGACUCGGUACAAUGUAAACAUGGUGAAGCAGGGUUUAGCAAUUAUGCUGCAAACAAAUAGAAUAAAUUGCCAACAGAAGUGGCAUCAGCCCCCCCUCCCAGGUUAAAAACUUUACAGCAUUCCCACUUUUAAAUAUUUCUUGCACUGUAUGGUGUUUUAAUUGUCCUUUUAGUUUUUCUCUUUGUUUGAAAUGUUUAGAGGCGUUUUUUUCCUCUGUUUUAAUAAAUGUGUUUAUAAUCAUGUAAUGCACGUUGAGUUAGCUUGCCUAUGAUAUACGGCAUAUCAAUACAUUUACUUUGCUUAAUCGUAUGUUCGCCCCCUAGUGGCUGACUGACUAAGUUUGCAUUUACAUUUUACAUUUUAAAAAAUGCUCACGACCUUAUAAUCGUAGCAGACAAAAUCGCAGUCAUGAUUAAAAUUCGAUUCAUGGUGCGCCCUAAUUUGAAUUAUGCUUGUUUUGAGUUAUGAGCUUGGUCACUGAAUGAAUUCGUAACACUCGUAACUCAGAGCACCAAUGUACGGU